AUGGUCAGGACCCGCCGGGGCAUUCGGCUUGCUUUCUGCACCACCGGGCAGAGGGAGUUCGCCCAAAGCUCCGACAAUGACUUCGGGGCGGGUUGGACGGACUUCGGCUCUGGAGACAUCCGCAUGGCGAAUGCUGGCUACCAAGGCUUGCGAAACUGCAAGCCGGGUGCUUCGAACUUCUACAACCAAGACGGCGCUGACACUUGGCCCAUCAUCCUGGUCUCCUGCAUCUACGUGACUACAGGCACGCCCUUUGGUCAGUUGACAAGACGUCCUUUCCAAGAUCACUUUUGGCUGCAGCUUAUGCGGGGGCCGGCGAGUGUGAGACCAGUGCUGAAGGCAGAAAAGCUUGCGGAGGGCUCUCAAGAUGAAUGGCAACCAAGUCCUGAAGGCUUGAUGUUGAAGCGCGAUGAGUGGGCUUGCCACGGCCUUGAAAGAUGCUGA